AUGAAGACUUUGGUUGUGGACAAUGGCGCUGCAAGCAUCCGUGCCAACUUUUCGGGCGCAGAUAAUCCAAUGUAAGUUUGUUUUGUACAGUUUAACCUUUGUAUAAUAUGUAAUCUUAUAUGUCACAACGUUUAUUCACAGUGUGAUACCAAAUACAAUAUACAAAUUUCGAAGCGAAAAACGACGAGUCUUUGUGGCUGAUGAAAUAGAAGAUUACAAUGACAAGACCAAAGUGUAUUACUCAUUGGCACACGAAAAGGGGUAUUUAGGUAAAACUUUUUAAACUUUUAGGUCUUUUUACACUUCUAGGUACAUGUAUUGUUGCAAUUUCAGUGAAUUGGAAUGUAGAGUACGAAGUGUGGGAUCGAUUGUUUGGGCCAGAUAAACUGAAUGUAGACUUCGAAGACACCCGACUUCUUUUAACUGAUAUCAACUCCAUUGUACCUGCAUUCAAAGACAACGUCGAGGAGAUUGUUUUCGAGUCAUAUCAGUUUAAUGCAUUAAAUAAAACCGCAGGUAUGUUCUUACAUUAAUUUUGCUUAUUGAUGAUUUAUGACAAAAUUUUGGAUUUUACUUAGUACUAUAUGAAUAUUAUUUACAGCUGCUAACUUGGUCGCUCAACAUUCUUUAACACAACGAAACAAACAGUCUUGUAUAGUUGUGGAUUCUGGAUUUUCAUUUACUCAUAUAUUGCCGUAUUACGAUGGUGGUCUUAUCAGUAAUUCCAUUGUAAGGUAUGUCUGGCAAUUUUAUUUGUUUUUUUGAAAAAUAUGUCAAGAUCUAUGUAUCUGUUAAUGUGUACUUGUGCUUACUUGGGAAUUGUACGGCGUAACUAAAGAGAAACGUUUAGGUUAGAUAUUGGAGGAAAAGCUUUGACAAAUCAACUCAAAGAGUGGAUCUCAUACCGCCAACUGGAAGUCAGGGACGAAACUUAUAUCAUGAACCAGUGCAAGGAAGAUCUCUGUUUUGUUUCUACUGACUUCAACAAAGAUAUGAAGGUAGCAGAAUUGUGAGUUGUGUUCGUGAAUACUGUUUUCAUUGCUCUAGUUUUACAAUUUUUAAAUUUCACUUUUCUAUUAUAGACGCUAUUCGGAAGGUAACACGGUAAUGCGGGAUUAUUUGCUACCUGAUUUUGUGAAUUUUGACAAGGGAGAAGCUGCUUUACCAUCGCGAGAACCGACAGAUCGACAGAAAAUAGUUGUUAAUACCGAGAGAUUCACGGUACCAGAACUGUUGUUCAACCCAUCAGAUGUUGGUUUGAAGCAAGCAGGAAUUCCAGAAGCUGUAGCACAGUGUAUUACAGAAGUUGCAGUUUCGUUUCCAGGUUUGCGCGGGUUGAAAUUAUAAAACAAAUAAAUUUACUUUUCGAGUAUGGUUAUCAAUUUUACAGUGCUGUUAACGAAGUAUGACUUUUUUAAACAUCAAAACGACUAUUUUUAGAUAUAGCACUGGGUCUGCCUUCGAACAUAAUUUGUGUUGGAGGAAAUGCAGCGAUCCCUGGCUUUGUCAAUCGGUUACAGAAUGACCUACAGCAGUGGUGCACUCAUGGUACUGAUUUAGUAUGUACAAAACCAGAAUCACCGACACGAUAUGCUUGGGAUUGUGGAAGAGAUUUGGUACGGAAGAAAGAUACGAUGAUUGAAGACGGAUUCAUCUCUCAAAGCGAUUACUUUGAGCACGGUGAUGCUAUCUUCUACAGGAAGAUGGGGAAUAACUUCUUCUCUUACUAA